AAGUUGCCGUCGUCGCCAGUUCGAAAGCAGACUUUUCGACGUUUAGACGCCUUAGCGGCGCGAUCACGGUUCGCGGUAGUGCCAACUUCGAACAGUUGAAAAUUAUAUUUUAAACUGCAUUGCUUUAACAAAAAGUGGCCAGUGUUUAUAACAUUUGUGUGCAUCGUUGAAUUGGAUACCAAUUUGGACACACGGAUUGUUGAUUAAAUAACAGUUCAUAUAAUGCGCUCGCUAUAAGACAAUGGAUCCUCUGACGUGGUUAUCCCUGGGUCUGCAGCUGGCUGCGCUUUGCUCCAUAGUCGGUGCCCUGCUGUUGUAUUUGCUGAGGAAGGUCCGCGUAGCAGAAGUGCUGCCCGUUGAUAGUGCGAAGACUGUGCUUGUGACGUCAGUUGACUCCGCACUUGGAUUGCAGAUAGCAACAUAUCUAAGCGGCAAAGGAUGGCGGGUCAUAGCUGGUUGUCGUCCAGGGGGCUUGGGGGCCCGUUUGGCAGAGUCCUGGCUGCAAGCGCACGUGGCAGCCACGCCUGAAGACCAGCCGCCGCCGAGGCUGGCAACUCUUGAACUGGACGUGGCGAGGGAGGAUUUACUAGAGGAAGCGGCGCGAGCGACUGCUCAACAUUUACCGGCCGGCGAACAUGGCGUGUGGGCAGUCAUCAACACGGCAGGUAGCAGCGGUCGCGGCGGCGCGGCGUGCUGGGAGAGCGCGCUGCGUAGCAACGUGCUGGGGGCGUUGAGAGUGGCUCGCUCCUUCUCACCGCUGCUCGCCGCGGCGGCGUCCGACCACCCGUACGCUGGACGACUGUUUUACAUUGGUCUUACAUCAGACACCGCAUGCGACAGUCUGAGUCGACCGGACGCGGAGGGCGAGGGCAGCGCUGGCGCGGCGGCGGUGAGGUGGGGCACGUGGGGGGCGGCGCGUGCCCUGCGGGCGUCGCUGCGGGCGCGGCGGCUGCACGUGGUGCUGUUACACGCGCCGGACCUGUCCGCAGCGGAGAUAUACGCGCCGCCCGUGCAGCUCACACCGCCUAGCCAGCCGUCCAGCCGCCCUGAAACCCCAAGUUCGGAAGUGAGCUCGUCCUCCUCAGCCACUUGUGCAGUGACCAUGCCCGGAGAAGCAGCGGAAUACAGUGCCAAGGUGUUACCAACAAACGCUCUAAAGGUCUUGGAAGAAGCCCUCACAUCACCUGCACCGAGGGAUUCCUACUAUUUGAAGAUAAAGCAGGAUUCUUGGUUUACGAGGAUGCCCUCUUUGAGAGCCCAUUGAUUUACGAUUACUCCGUUCGUUGGCAUAAGGCUGGAUUAUUCUAAACUGAUUUUGAUGUCCUUUUCACCUUACACAAGUCAAUUAUUGGAUAUAUUUAAAAGUAUAUUAAGAAACUGUAAAUAUAAUAAUUUUAAGUCAAUAAUGAUUUGUUUUAACGUCGAUACUUAAUGAAUGUAAUCUCGUUUCUAACAUUGUAUCCAAUAUUGGACGAAAUGCUUUAAAUGUAACUGCCACGCUGGUUAUUUAUGCAUGUUUAUCCAAAGACACCUACUUAAAGUAAAUUAUGCAAAUUUUCAUUUAAUUAUUUUAUUGAUAUAUUAUAAAUGUUUAUGUAUUUUUUAAAAAGCGGUUGUUAAAAGAAUGCGUUUCUCACAAUUACAAUAAACGACGUAAAUUUCAUUAAUUUAUUUGCCCAAUUUACAAAAAAAAUAUGUCAACUUUUGUUUUACACAGGGACGCAUUCUACGAGCAGUCACACUGUAAAGUAUAUUGGAGCCUAUAACCGCCAGAUCUUCGUUAUUUUAUAGAAGCUUAUAGUUUGUCAACCCAUACCCACUCCUACCAUCAAUAAAAACGGAAGACAAGUAUGAAGUAAUGUAAUAGUUGCUUAAAGAGAUCCUCCUCCUUCAAUCGUGUUCCUCAUAUAUGAGGUAUGAGGUGAGGGUCAUGACCAACGUCAUCCUUGAGUUUUAUUGUGUCACGCCAUCUUGUCCUGUUUCCGGCCACCGAAGAGCAUUGUAGAGUGAGUGAAGUAUGGUGCGGAUCUGCAGGGUUAUUAUGUAACUCGGUGUACCAUUCAUAUAAUCAGUCACUACAUCGUUUUUAAUCGUAUUUUCGUUUUUAAUACAAUAUUUAACAUUGCUUUUUCAACGGAAUAACGUCAUUUUACUUAAAGUUACAUUAGUAUAGUAGUGGAAGUAGCGAGUAUUAACGUUAUUUUAACAAAAAACUGGUAAUUACGUAAUUUUGUUGAAAUAUUAAUGUUAGAUGAUUGUUAAAAUAAAACAUCAUUGUUACUUGAUGUAAAAUGGCGCAGUCAAGGAAAGUCGUAGAAAUAACUAUGUUAGAUGAUCCCAAAAACGAAAAUACGACGAAAGUCGACGUAGUGACAUAGCUUGAAUGGUACACUGAGAUACAUAAUAAGGCCACUGAUCCGUGACCAUCAGUUUCUCGAGAUUAUCCGUCUUUUCUGGCAAUGUGUCCGAAGUACUCAAGCAGAUGGUAGAAAGCCUAGUUUUAAACAAAUUAAACAUAUAACAAAGGUACUUUAAAACGGCCAAUUACUCCGUCCCCAGACACACUUAACUGCGUGGCAAACCUUCUCCAUACCACAAAAUACAUAUGUUCUAGUACAGAAGAUUCACUCCGCAACGUGAUUUAAAUAAACAGCGACUCUCGCUCGCUCGUCCUUUUAUAUAUUUAAUGGCGAGGGUAAAACUACUUAGUAGCAUAGUUUGACGAACUUUCUACUUUUGUAAAAUUACGAAGAUCUAGCUGCCACAGACACUUGCUCUGUAUCUAUUUUUCUAAGGUUAACUUCGACCUGCUGAUCCCUUAUCGAAGGCACGGGAUAGUAGAUGUAUGUGCCAAAUUCUUUGUACUGAUUUGUUGAGACCAAAAUUCUUCGCGCAGUCAGUACUGAUCGACUUGGCGAUUGUGGUGGAAUGAUCACAUUAAGAUUUCAUUUCAGCAACUUUUGCUUUGAGCUCUCGAUUUAUUGUUUUCGAAUCACACAGUGCCAACCAUCGUUGGUUUAUUAGGGAGUUACUAAACUAUACUUUCGAAGAAAACAUGUCAUUUCAAAAAUAAUUUUCAGACCCAAUGAUCACAGAGAAACGACGUUUGGGUCUUCUCCGGCCCGUGUGAACGGGGCGGGGGUACGGGCUUUGAGGCAGUACCUCCUUGCCCGGGUGCGUCGCGAGGAAUCUUGCUCCCCCGGUAAUCUUUUCCAACCCCUCCCGGGGUUGAGGCCUUUAUAACAACUUAAGAGUUUGGGUAAAGGAAAUUGAAGUGUUAUUAGAAUAAUAGUAGUACUCAACAAACAAUUAAAUACCAAGAUUUAGAUAUUAUCUUUGAUUUGUCAUGUUUUCCUCAAAUCUUAGUAGCUUUCAGUCCAGUGACGUCAUGGCAGUUGCGCGUUUGUAUCCGUUGGUGGCAUUAAUAAUAUACGGUUAAUGAUCAACAUAAGAACACUCGUGUAAAUAUGUUUGUGUUAAUAAAACAUUUUCUUACAUUA